AUAGGUUACUGCAGCAAGGUCCUAUGGCUCUUAUAAUGCAAUGUGUCCUUUGGAAAGACCUAAGCUGAAAAAUAAUAUUUUUCCAUCGUCCGUAUUUUUUAUUCAUAUUGUUUAAUUUACAGUUGCCACUAAUUAUAAUAAUUUUGAUUUUUGAUAUAUCACAAACUCAUGAUACCUUAAUAAUAAAUCCUGCAUGGAAUGUAUAUUACUCAAAUACACUGUUCUGGUUUUACAAAACUGUUCUUUAAAGUUUGAUGAUACUUAAAAUUAAAUAAACACGAAAGCCAGGCGGUCGGCAACAUCUCUGUUUAAAGGGCCUUCCAAGUUUAAAGGGCAGAAUGGGGCGACAAGCAAGUAACAGCAAAUAAUUAAGAUUUUGAGUGAAAUUGAGCCUUUUUCUGGCGGAGUUUGCAGCUUUUCAUGAACAUCAGGAAGAGAGGAAGGAAAUGAAAAGCAACCAAGUUGAUGGAGUAGUUUGAAUGAGGAGAAAAGAGGUUGUAAAUAUGACGAGUGUGAUAGGAACGAAGUUUUCUCUCUCUUGUUUCUACGGGAAGGAGGAAAAGCACCAAAUGAUGUACAGAAUGAGAUUAAAUGUUUUGAAUAAAUCACAUGGGAUGAAAAAGGCAGCCGGGACAGCUAUAAGGAGAGGCCGAGGGAAGAUGUCGGUGAAAUAUGACGAGCUCAAAAUGCUGGACUCCUUUUAUGCAACUCCAUCACAUGUAAAACCCAAGCUCAAACUACAGAAAAGGAAAGUCAGACAGAACUCUAGCAAGAAAAACAUCGAAGCACGAAACCCCAGACCCUCAAGACAAGUAUCAGCAGCUGCCUCAGAGAUGGCUUCUUUGCGACACCUUCAGAUGAUGACAUUGAUGAGACUCUCCCUGACCGCCCCAAUUCAGUUAAGAAAAGAACAGUACCAGAACCAUCUCUGCCAGAACCAGUUUUGUCUGAAUACAAAAAAAUCUGCACUGGAGAAAAUUGCUCAGCAAGUUAAUGUUUCAUCAUGCAUGCCUUUUCUUGAUUCAGGCUGGAAAUAAAGCCUUUUCUGACAUUACAACAUCUCUUCAUCUGUCAUUUUGCAGCCAAAUUAUGGAAAAUUUAUUAAAAAUACAAAGAAGUAAAAAUGUCUUAAAUAUGAAAGCAUAAUUGUUUUCUUGUAUUUCUUAUUAAUUCUAUCAGCAUGUGAUGAAGUGGUUGAGGGGAUCUCCUAGACAAUUCUUUGACAUCCACUUGCAAAGAACUUUAAGAUAUGUGAAAGUUUAAUCUUACUCUAUGUGAGUGCACCAACCCAGAGAACGGAUCUCACAUGUAACAUACUUGUAUUCCAUCAUAGACUGCUUAUGAUAUGUGCUUUCUUUUAUGAUAGUGUUUUUCUGCUCUGGCUGAUCAUACUAGGAUGCUGAUAUUGAUCUCAGUAAUGUUACUGACACUCCUUUGCCUCUUCCACCAAUUUUAAAUGCCUAUCACUGCUGCCUUUGUGACUUGGUAAUCCAGCUUUUUAGGGAGUGAAAAGCUUGAAGAUCAAUGCAAUCAGGUUGAACUUGAUACAGUAGGCCUUCCAUCACAGAUCGAGCACAGCCAGUAUCAUUACAUGAAAAUUCUUGUUCUGAAAGCCAUUGUUAGUGUAUCAGUAACGUUUAUCUUGACCCCAGCAAUUGGAGAGGACAUAAAGUAUAUCCUAAAAACUACAGGGUAGGAACAGGGAAAAGGAUACAUCACUAAGGAAGUAUGAAAUUGAAUCUUACUAAAAGUGCCAUAUUGCCCACACUGAUUAUUCUAGUAUUAACAGAGUGCUUGCAGUAUUUACUGCCUAUUUAUUGUUGAUUUAGUAAAUUCUAAAAAUCUACAAUUGAUUGUCAUGGCCUCCAUGCCUUCAACACUAGCAAGAGGACAUCAAACCUUCACCAUGUAUAUUUUGGCAAUAUACAGCUUGUAGAUAGGACUGGUUAUUUGCAUAUUUUGCUUUUAUGUAGUGGAUAUUUGUUGGCCUUUGCUGUAGAGCAAAACACAAACACCAAGGCAAGGUUUGUCUCAGAUGGACAUGGUCCUUGGUUCAAGAAUUACCUGCCAAACUUCUAGUAAGAUUCACUAUUAUUCAUUAUGCUGGUAUCAUGGAAAUAGGCCCAUAUGCUGUAAAGUCUAAGGGAAUAUCCAGCAGAAAUGAAAUGUUUUGUACUUUUGUUGAAUUUUUAUCAUUGCAUUUUCAUGAUCUAAUUCUUCAUUUCAGAACCAAAUGAUGUACAAAGCAAGAUUAAAUUUUCUGAAUAAAUCACAAGGGAUGAAAAAGGCAGCCAGGACAGCUACAAGGAGAUACCAAGAGAAGAUGUCAGUGAAAUAUGACGAGCUCCAAACGCUGGACUCCUUUUAUGCAACUCCAUCACCUGUAAAACCCAAGAAGGUCAAACUACAGAAAAGGAGAGUCAGACAGAAGUCUAGCAAGAAAAGCAUCAAAGCAUGAAACCCCAAACCCUCAAGACAAGCAUUGGCAGCUGCCUCAGAGAAGGCUUCUUUUGCAGCACCUUCAGAUGAUGACAUUGAUGACACUCUCCCUGGCCUCAAUUUAGUUAAGCUUAACCCAUAAAGGACACCAAUGUUCACAACUACAUUUGCCUACUUGAGUGUGCCGAAGGUACUGAAGACUCUGAGGGCCACUGCAGCGAAGGCCACAGAGCAGGCCAAGGCAACAAAGGGUCUUCCACGCACACU